UUUAGGUACCCAGACAGCGACACCCGGAGCCCCGGGACUGUGAGGUUCAGAGAGGCGGCGGCCCCGGGAGAUGAUGCGAGAUUACUGGGUACCGAGACAGUGAGAGACGAAUAGUGGCACAUACGGAUACUGGAGUCGGGAGAGACAAUAAUACACCCGGGCACCUAGUGACGCCCAGUGCCUGAGAAAGGAGAACACCCGGGUAUCAGUGUGAGGGGCACAGCUGAGGUGCCAACCAGAGCCCGGGGACACGGAGCCGGCAACACGGCCAGAGCCAGCUGGGGGAGAGGACAGCCAGGCCAUCAAAAUGACAGCAGAGGAGACGGUUAACAUCAAAGAGGUCGAGAUCACCAAGUUGAUUCUGGAUUUCCUAAAUGCCAAGAAGCUGCACAUCAGCAUGCUGGCCCUGGAGAAGGAGAGCGGGGUGAUUAACGGCCUGUACUCUGAUGACAUGCUGUUUCUCAGGCAGCUGAUCCUCGACGGGCAGUGGGAUGAGGUCCUUCAGUUUAUCCAGCCCCUGGAGUGCAUGGAAAAGUUUGACAAGAAAAGGUUUCGGUAUAUUAUCCUGAAACAGAAGUUUUUGGAAGCUCUGUGCGUGAACAAUGCAAUGUCAGCAGAAGAUGAGCCGCAGCACCUGGAGUUCACAAUGCAGGAAGCAGUGAAAUGCCUUCACACCCUGGAGGAAUACUGCCCCACUAAGGAUGACUACAGCAAGCUGUGCCUGCUGCUCACCCUGCCACGGCUCACCAAUCAUGCCGAGUUCAAGGACUGGAACCCUAGCACAGCCAGAGUGCAUUGCUUUGAUGAAGCCUGUGUCAUGGUGGCAGAAUUCAUUCCGGCCGACCGCAAACUGAGCGAGGCCGGCUUUAAAGCCAGUAACAACCGCUUGUUCCAGCUGAUCAUGAAGGGUCUGCUGUAUGAGUGCUGUGUGGAGUUCUGCCAGAGCAAAGCCACGGGGGAGGAGAUUACAGAGAGUGAGGUGCUGCUGGGGAUAGACAUGCUUUGUGGUAAUGGUUGUGACGACCUGGACCUGAGUCUUCUGUCCUGGCUGCAGAACCUGCCCCCCAGCGUGUUCUCCUGUGCUUUUGAGCAGAAGACUCUAAACAUCCAUGUGGAUAAGCUGAUGAAACCCAAUAAGGCGGCUUAUGCCGACCUUCUCACUCCACUAAUCAGCAAGCUUUCCCCGUAUCCCUCUUCUCCCAUGCGGCGCCCACAAUCUGCAGAUGCCUACAUGUCACGCUCCCUCAACCCAGCGCUGGAUGGUCUGACAUAUGGUCUGAGCAGCCACGACAAGAGAGCCACAGAUACCGGUGGUAAAGCUUCUACCAUGUCCCAUUCCUUCGCUAAUUUCCAUUAUCCCGGAGUGCAGAACCUCAGCCGCAGCCUGAUGCUGGAGAGCUCAGAUUGCCACAGUAUCUAUGAAGAGUCCUCUGAGAGGAGUGAUACGCCCCAGGAAAGAGACCUCCCAAACAGCAGUGAGACACUCUGCUUAAACCCAGAGAGUGAUUCACAGACAGAGGCGCCAAACGACGAGCCGUGCAAACCAGAGAGGAACCAGAUGCGGGAUUCCACGGAGCAGUUUGAGGAGUAUUACAGACAGAAGCUGCGGUACCAGCAGCACCUGGAGCAGAAGGAGCAGCAGAGGCAGCUGUACCAGCAGAUGUUAGUAGAGGGCGGUGUGAAUCAGACCGAGGAGGCAGAGCAACCGCAGAACCUCACUGAGCAGUUCCUGAACAGGUCCAUCAUUAAGCUGGAAGAACUGAACGUGGGGAUUGAUCCACUUGGUGAUGAAGCCCAGAUAAAAAGCAAACCACACAAUGGUCCCAAAGAUGGCAGCACCCCCAUCACUAAUGGCCACACACCUCCAGGUGCAGCUUCAUUCCAUAGGGGCAGCCACCCACCUGAUGGCCAGAGCAUAAAUACCAGCACCCCAAGGAAACGGGUAGUCACCAACCCCAUUCCUGUACCUGAGGAGUCUCCAGUGUACGGAAGUAUAAAUAAUAAAGACCAGCCGCACCUUGAAGAAACCGCUGGCAUUGGGGCCAGGAAAAGUUCAGAGCUGGAUGGUAAACAAAAGCAGCAGUUUGUCUGUCUCAACACCCUGGAAGACACACAAGCAGUGCGGGCCGUCGCUUUCCACCCCAGUGGGUCACUUUAUGCGGUAGGGUCCAACUCUAAGACGCUGAGGGUGUGUGCCUACCCAGAUGUGCUAGACACGAGUUUGGCGCACAGUCCCAUGCAGCCAGUUGUUCGGUUUAAGAGGAAUAAACACCACAAAGGGUCCAUUUACUGCGUGGCCUGGAGUCCGUGUGGGCAGCUGUUGGCCACUGGUUCUAAUGACAAGUAUGUCAAAGUCCUGCCCUUCAAUGCAGAAACCUGCAAUGCAACAGGUCCAGACCUGGAGUUCAGUAUGCAUGACGGUACUAUACGAGACUUGGCGUUUAUGGAAGGCCCAGAGAGUGGGGGUGCAAUAUUAAUCAGUGCAGGAGCUGGAGACUGUAACAUUUACACCACAGAUUGCCAACGUGGCCAAGGACUACACGCUCUAAGUGGGCACACAGGUCAUAUACUGGCACUUUACACAUGGAGCGGUUGGAUGAUCGCCUCAGGGUCACAGGACAAGACCGUGCGGUUUUGGGAUCUGAGAGUGCCCAGCUGUGUGCGGGUGAUUGGAACAACUUUCCACGGAACUGGCAGCCCAGUUGCUUCAGUAGCUGUAGACCCCAGUGGGCGGCUUCUAUCAACAGGACAAGAGGACUCCAGUUGUAUGCUGUACGAUAUCCGUGGAGGGCGCAUGGUGCAGAGUUAUCACCCUCACUCCAGCGACGUUCGCUCUGUCCGCUUCUCCCCUGGGGCUCAUUAUCUUCUCACAGGAUCUUAUGACAUGAAGGUCAAAGUUACCGACUUGCAAGGUGACCUCACCAAACAGCUGCCAAUCAUUGACGUGGGGGAGCACAAGGACAAAGUGAUCCAGUGCCGGUGGCACACACAGGACCUCUCCUUCCUCUCUUCCUCAGCUGACAGAACAGUUUCUCUGUGGACUUACAAUGUUUAAGUGGAGACUAUACAUCAUGCAGCGGUUAUGUUUGCAUUACCUGUCCAGUUCCUUUGGCCGUGGCAUUGCGGUUUAAUAACUCUGCUGCCAGGGAGGUCUGUGGGGUGUCAUCUGCUGCCCAAGGAAUCGGGGCAAGAAGCAGCUGCUGAUGGGAUUAUUGCGGUUUGUUUAGGACCUCACCAGUCUUCAAGCAGAAGGAUGAUUGGCUAUUGCUAGGGUAACGAGGUUCAGUAGCCAAAGCUUUUAGUGCUCACACAGCCUGUAACUUAUUUGUAUCAUCUGAUUUUAUUUCAAGUCGACUCCCUUCUGUCAUAUCUCUUCAUAUUUCAUAAGGUUUGUAUUUUAAACUCUUGGUUGCUGGACAUAACCUGAAACCAUUAGGGUCCCACACAUAGUUGCAUUGAAUAAGCCGUGUCUGAAUAACUCAGCAAUAGAGAUUGUUAUAAUGUCUUUAUCAUCUGAGCACACUGACAGGCUAAGGCCUCAGCUGCAGGAUACACGGCCCUAAAUCCGUAUGCAAUUCCUGUUCUUUCAUACAAAAUGUAUUUCUGUCCUUUUGGGCCCCGAGUCGAACUGUACGUUCCUGCUUUAUGACCCCCUGGCAGCAAAGUGAUUAAUGUUACCCAGAGGCUAAACACAUCAAUUACUGGAAGACGAAGCUUUGUCGUUUGUGCAUCUAACAAACAACCCUGGUUAUUUUGCUCUUUUGUAUCCAUGAGCACUACACUGCGCCCAAUUGUACGUGUGCACGACAGAGGAUAUUUACCGUACAGACUGGCGUUUUAUCAUUUGGUAUCCAUGGUCCUAUGCUCUGCGCACUUGCUGAUUAUAGUGUUAUUUGUAUAUAUAUUUUUUUUUCUUAUUUUAAA